GCCCCCCCCGGCGGCGCUGCCUGUGACCUCAGCCGGGCGUCACAGAGGGGGGGGGGGAGCGGGAGGCCGGGCGGGGAGCUUCGCCGCUGGGCAUCCCGCAGGGAGAGUGGCUGCCCUCGCCGCCUGCCCGCUGCCCUGCGGGGCUCGCCCGGCCCCCGCCAGCAUGCAGGUGGGGCUGGUCAACUGGACGGGGGGCUACCUGACUGGCGAGUGUUAUGGCGACGGCGUCACGGUCCUGGGCAGCGCUCUCGGGAAGAAGCAGACCUGGGAGCUGAAGGUCACCACGAAGGGAGGGAAACCAACCCUGGUGGCACUGAUUGGACAUCAAGGGCAGCGCCUCCUGGUGGAUGCUGACGGCACCGUCCGGUGUGGGCAGCCGGCGUCGGACAAGCAGAGCCAGUUCCUGCUGGAGGUGCAUCCGAGCGGAGCGUGGACUCUGCAGCAGUUGGAGAGCAAGAAGUACUUGGAGUCGGAUGGCGAGGAUGUCUUCUGCAUCACCCAGGGCCUGACCUCCUACCACAUGUGGAUGCCCCAGCUGGCCAUGCAUGUCCACGUGGUCCUGUUCAACCCCAGCAGCCAGCUCUAUGCGCGAGCAGAUCCAGAGCUGAGCCGGGUCUGGGUAGACACCCCCGUGCCUUUUUGGGAGGACUGCAGCUUUAUCCUGCGGUUCAGGAACGGCGCCUGCCAUUUGGAGACCUUCAACCACAAGUUCCUCUCCAGGUCAGAGAAACUCGUGAAGAAGCCCUCAGCAGAGACGGCCUUCCACAUGAACCUGAGGCCCGGCUGCUUGGCCUUCUUUACAGACCGGGAUGGGCGCAUCCUGUACCCACAGGGAAGCCGUGGGCUCCUCUGCCUUGGAGACAGCCCUGCAGACAAGGAGGAAUGGUUUGUUAUCAAGAGGUGCCCGCAGUGGGUCAGUCUGAAAACGAGAGCCAAGAAAUACAUGACCAUCAUCUGCGACUCUGAAGUGUAUGUAGGGUCCAGGAAAGUGACCCCGAUGUCCACCUUCCAAUACGAAGUUGACCCUGAUAACAAAACGGUCCGCUUAAGAUAUGCAAACUUCAAGUACUUGGCUCAGAGGCAGUUCCAGAGCGUGGUGGCCGACGGCUGCUGCACCGAGCCAGAGACCGGCUUCCGGGUCCUGUGGCGCCAUGGGAAGGUCUUCCUGAGGGCGUGCAAUGGCCGCUACCUGGGCACCCUGCCUGUGGGGCUGGUGGUGGCCAGAGCUGUGGACCCAGGGCCCGGCGAGGAGUUUGGGCUGCGCCUGGCCAACCGCUCCUUCCUUCUGCUGCGCGGCUGCUAUGGCUACGUGGGGACCGGCCCGGCCAGCAGCAGCAGCAGCCGCGGCGAGGUCCUGCAGUGCAACCUCCUGGAGCCGGACUGCAUUGAGCUGCUUCCCUGCAGGCACGGCGUCUACCACCUUCAAACCCGAGGGAGGAGCUUUUGGUCUCUGACCCCAGAAAGGACCUUCAAGACUUGUGGGAAGUUUGCCUUGAAUUUCUGCCUGGAGAUCCGGGGGAACAAUCUGCUGGCCAUCCUGGCCCCGAAUGGCUACUAUUUGCGCGGGGACCGGGAGGGUGCCCUUGUGGCGGACGGCGAGGAGCUCCUUGAGGAAUGCCUCUGGGAGUUCUGAGCAGGCCAGGAAGGUGUUUGUGCCCAAGGUGUCUGCAGGCCCCCAGGAGCCCCAGGUGGGACCGGCCGGUCGCCAGUGGGCAGAUUGUGACGUGUCAGCUGGAGGCCUCCGUGCAGCAGAGGAGGGGGUCUCUUCCCCGCGGGCCUGUCCUCCAGCUGUGCCUGCUCCUGGCCACACAGGGGCCCCUGACUUCCUCCCUCCCCUCCUUCGUAUCCUCCCAGAGCUUGGCUCUCUGGACCUUUCUGCCAAUGAAGUGCUAUGAUAUGCCC